GGAAACCUCCCAUUAGAUUCACCAAAAAGAAAAAACAACACUAAUGUGAUGUAUAUAUGUGUUUAUGUACAUACACUCGCUUAUAUAACAUAUACAUCUUUUUCUAUAUAAAUGGGUGUGUGUUUAUGUGUACGUAACGGUAGUUCAAAGAGUUUCAUCACAUUUAUCACCAUCUCCAUCCUGAAACGCGGACGCGAGAUUGAUCACUAACCGAAAGACAUUCUUUUAAAAAAAGAAAGAAGAAAUUAGGAUGAGUGAUAAUAGGCAAGACCGAAGAAGAAGAGUCUGUUGUCUUCCUCCUUCAUACGGACAACUUGUGACGAUCCUUAGCAUCGAUGGUGGUGGGAUCCGUGGGAUCAUUCCUGGUACCAUCUUGGCUUACCUCGAAUCACAACUCCAGGAAUUGGAUGGUGAGGAGGCAAGGCUUGUGGAUUAUUUCGAUGUCAUCUCGGGAACAAGUACCGGAGGUUUAAUAGUUGCGAUGUUGACAGCAGAGGGAACAGAAGUCAAAGGCAGUGACCAGAGCCUUAGCAGCAACCGCCCUUUGUUUUCGGCCAAAGAAAUCGUCCCUUUUUAUCUCAAAUACUCUCCUAAGAUCUUCCCUCAACCGCGAGGUUUUUGUGGUUGGGGUGAAAUCAUGGUGAGACUUGUACGAGGACCAAAGUACAACGGGAAAUAUCUUCAAGAGCUAAUCAAAGGUUUCUUGGGUGACACGAAACUGACUCAAACUCUGACCAAUGUUGUCAUACCUUGCUUCGACAUCAAGAAACUCCAGCCAGUUAUCUUCUCUUCUUACCAGGCGGUGAAUCAUCGGCUUAUCGACGCAAAACUAUCAGAUAUAUGCAUAAGCACAUCAGCCGCGCCAACUUAUUUUCCGGCUCAUCAGUUCACCAACGAAGACAAUCAAGGAAAUAAACAUGAAUUUAACCUCAUUGAUGGUGGUAUUGCUGCCAAUGACCCGACUUUAUGUGCGAUUGCGGAAGUGACAAAGCAGAUAGUGAAGAAGAAUCCAGCGAUGGGAAACAUAAGCCCAUUGGAUUAUACGAGGUUUAUGGUGAUCUCUCUUGGGACAGGUUCGAUUAGGAAUCAAGAGAAGUAUGAUGCAAAAACGGCUUCGAAAUGGGGAUUGAUGUGUUGGGUCUAUGCAAAUGGAGAAACUCCAAUUCUUGAUUGUUACAAUGAAGCCAUUCACGACAUGGUUGAUUACCAAAGCUCUAUCGUAUUUCAAGCUCUUCGUUCCGAGAACAAUUACUUACGUAUCGAUGACGAUACGUUGAAAGGUGACCUAGGUUCAGUGGAUAUAUCGACAAAAGAGAACAUGGAAGGUCUUGUAGAAGUUGGCGAAGCUUUAUUGAAGAAAAGAGUUUCUCGUGUCAAUCUCGAAAGUGGCCAUUACGAACCCAUCUCUGAUCACGUAACCAAUGAAGAAGCUCUCAAAAGGUUUGCAAAGGUUCUUUCAGAUGAAAGGAAGCUCAGAGAAUCAAGAUCUCCUAAACUCAACAUCUGAUUUUUGGUUGUACCAAAAAAAAUUCUGUAAAAUUCAUUGUUUGUGUCUCUUAUUUGUGUGAUUACUGCAGAGAUUCGCUUUACUUUGUGAGCAAAAGAAUAGUUGUAUAUGAAUAUGAUUCUUAGUUUGUUACA